AGGGGGAGGUGCCCGGUUGCUUCUCCCGCGUCCGCCAUUUUGUUGCUGUGGCUAUUGGGAGCGGGCUGGGCAAGACGGCCCGGGAGGCGCGACUCUUGUUGGAGUGCGGUGCUUCGUGUGACCGCGGGGAUCGGUGCGGGCUCUUGAGGCUGCGGAGCCGGCGGGUUCCAGGACAGAAGUCACUGGAGUCUCCCCUAUACUCCGGCCAGCUGAGAAGCCCGAGGCGGCCUCCGCUACUGCUCAGCUUCGCCCACCUCGACCCGGGGGCUUUGCCCAGUGUUCCCGGACCGGCUCUCCGUGAGGCGGCCCGGUGCAGGAGGGCGGUGGCGGAGGAUGCUGCGGGGCCCGGAGCCUAGAGGAACGUCCUGACCAAGCCCUCUGAUUGUUCCUCGAAGUGUUCCGAGAGGCCCUUCCUCGACCCCAAAGCCGACAGCGGGUAAAGGCUUCCCAAGCAAGCGAGAGCAGCAGACGCCGCCCAUCCCCGGGCCCAACACCAUGUCCUCCGCCAGGUUUGAUUCUUCAGACCGCUCUGCCUGGUACAUGGGGCCAGUGACUCGCCAGGAGGCGCAGACUCGUCUCCAGGGCCAGCGCCAUGGCAUGUUCCUAGUCCGGGACUCAUCUACCUGCCCCGGGGACUAUGUACUGUCCGUGUCCGAGAACUCGCGUGUCUCGCACUACAUCAUCAACUCCCUGCCCAACCGCCGCUUUAAGAUCGGGGACCAGGAGUUUGACCAUUUGCCGGCCUUGCUGGAGUUCUACAAGAUCCACUAUCUGGACACUACCACCUUAAUCGAACCGGCGCCCAGGUACCCAAGCCCACCAGUGGGUUCUGUCUCAGCACCCAACUUACCUACAGCAGAAGAAAAUCUGGAAUAUGUACGGACCCUGUAUGAUUUUCCUGGGAAUGAUGCUGAAGACCUACCCUUUAAAAAGGGCGAGCUUCUAGUGAUAAUAGAAAAGCCUGAAGAGCAGUGGUGGAGUGCCCGCAACAAGGAAGGCCGGGUUGGGAUGAUUCCUGUCCCUUACGUUGAAAAGCUUGUGAGGUCGUCGCCACAUGGAAAGCAUGGAAAUAGGAAUUCUAACAGUUAUGGCAUCCCAGAACCUGCUCAUGCGUAUGCUCAACCUCAGACCACAACUCCUCUACCUACAGUUGCCAGUACUCCUGGGGCAGCGAUCAACCCUUUGCCAUCCACACAGAAUGGACCUGUCUUUGCAAAAGCAAUCCAGAAGAGAGUACCUUGUGCUUAUGACAAGACUGCCUUGGCAUUGGAGGUUGGUGACAUUGUGAAAGUCACAAGGAUGAAUAUCAAUGGCCAAUGGGAAGGCGAGGUGAAUGGGCGCAAGGGGCUUUUCCCCUUCACACAUGUUAAAAUCUUUGAUCCUCAGAACCCCGAUGACAAUGAGUGAUUGCUGUGCUGUCCCUGCUGCUGCCUCCUUCUGCCUGUCAGUCUCCUUUGAAGUGGGAAGCACUCUGUCACAUGCAAGUUACACCGAGCUGCUGGCGGCCAGCUUUCCAUACAUUGGCAGUCCCUGCACAUACGAAAUGCCUCAGCAGCUGCCUCGCUGGCUCGCUCGGCAUUUGUAUCAUAGUCAUGCUGUCAAAGAGUAGCUGGUUUAGAGUUCUUGUGGAUUGUGAACUGGAAACACUGGUGGAAGCACACAGUAGAGACUGGAACCCAGAGUGGCUCUUCCUUCCUAUCCAUCCCUGCCUUGUUUGUACUGGAGGCUGACAGAGAGAGCAAGCAAGCCUGCUGAUGGUCUGCAUGGAGACGGUGAGGCUUGGCAAGGUCUUGCUUUGCUGGUCUACAGAACAGUGGCUUUGCCACCAACUCAAUUUUCUUUGGACGACAGAGGAAGUAAAACUCCAGACAAUUCUGUCCUGAACUCCUCAAGUCUGGCUGGUUUUUAUUUUCUUUUGUUUAGUUUUGUUUUUGGAAGACUAAUUAAUUAUAGUUGUGUGUUCUGAACAGAUUUUUAAAUAGUAGGUUGGUCUGUGAUGGUCUAAGGAACAAUCCAUGUCUCUGAGCUUCCAAACUGAAGCCACUGUACGUAACUAAAAUAGGAAAAGACCCCCUCAAGUAGGGGCCUUUAUCUUUUGGUUGCCACAGUACCUUGUUUACCAUGUGGCAAACAGUGCACACAGCAGCAGUCAUGGUAUACCGUGCUGUGAAGCACCAAGGUGGGGGUGGGCCUGCUGUUAUCACUGCCUCUGACAGGAGCAGACAGGGUGGGCCUCUUCAGUGAAAACAUUUGAAGUCUGUGGGCUUACUAGAUCCAUCCGUGAGUUAAAUUGCAUUUCUGUGUUCUACCACAGAGGCCACCCAGCCCUUCCUGUACUGACCUAGCUUAUCCAGGCAGCUUGAGAGUGGUGUCUGUUCUGGUUCCACAGCCUGUAUAGAACCAGAAUACAGUGCUUCUGAGCAAAAGAAGACACCCCUCAAUCAUGAGCCAUUUUUCCUUGCAUGUCAGCUAGUACAGAUAUGUGUCUGAUCCCUCAUCCACACAUGGCAAACCAGAGCUCUAGAACCUUUCUAGAGUGCACUCUUUUCAGUUGGACCCUGAUGAGGACACACCUCCACACGGAAUGAACGUAGCAGACCUAGAGAUGUAGUAGUGGCUAGUGAGCAGCUCUAGCAUUUACAGAAUAUCUUCUGUAACCAUGGCCCUGGCUCUGCAGGCCUGAGGCUUUGAGAACUAAUGGAACAUAUUCAGGUGGCAAAACCAACAAAACCAUUUGUCCACUAUAUUUAUUUCUCUUAAAGACUUUAAAUUUUUGUUUAUGUUGGGCAUGGUGGCCACACUUUUAAUCCCAGUACUCAGAAAGACGAAGGCAAGUGGAUCUCUGAGAGUUCAAGGCUAUCCUGGUCUAUGUAGUGUGUCACAGGACAGGCAGACCUACAUACAUACCUUGUAUCAGAAGAUGGCCCAACCCCCACCCACCCACCCACCCCCCAAAAAACUGUAUAUGGGUGUUUCCACUACAUGUAUGUAUGUGUAUCACAUGGGUACAGUUUGUUAGGAGGCCAGAAGAGGCUCUUGGUUGGAUCCUCUGGAACUGUGGAGUUACUCUGUGGGUUCUAGGAAUUGAACCUGGGUCCUCUGCAAGGAGACCUUAACCACUGAGCCAUUUCUUGAGCCCCAGUUUCUCUUUAAAUCAGUAGUCCAUCAGGCUAAGUGCUAUAGUAAAGAAUGUUCAUGUGACAAAGUAAUGGUCAUUUGGGGUAUGGGGAGUGUCAUGUCUGUAGAGGUUACUUCUUUUUGUCUCUGAAAGCUGCCAUUUCUAGCCAGACCUAUUGAGUUAAGUGUUUCGGCCCCAGACUCUGCCUAAAACAAGAUUUAAGACUUGCCUUCUGGCCAGUUACACAGUUUAGCCCCAGGCCUUUGAUGUCUCCACUGGAAUACACGCCUUGUUCACUGAGGGCACAACCCCCAAGGGAUACCCCAUCACUGGGGCCUGAACCUCAUGCCUUACACGUGCUAGAUAACCGGCUGCCAGUAAGCUUUUGAAAUCCGAGAUGGGAUCUCUAUAAAUUGCCCAUGCUGGCUUCAAGAUUUCCAUCGCAGCCUCAGCUGAAAUUAUAAAGGUUUGAGUCACCACACCCAGCUCUUAAGGUCUUUUAAAACUACAUUUAACUGAAGGGCUUGGUGCCUUUUGAUUAUAGCACCUUGCUUAGCACAAACAGCCAUUUUUGAGAACAGGGUUUCCCUUUUCCCAAGACUGUUGACGAGCAAGACUCUAAGGAAUACUUCAUGAUCAGGAUGUCCCAUAACCCUGGAGUUUGGUUUAUGUAAUCAGUUAAUUUGGCACAUGUAAAUGUCUAUGCAGCUUCCUCAGAGAUCCAGAUCUCAAAAUAAAGACUCAACUUUUUGAACUCUCAGGAUACGUGCGUGCGUGCCAACAAUAGUAAUUCUCUGACUUAGAAGCUCAUCGAUUUUUAAUCAUGGAAAUCUCUCUCACUGAUAGAAAGCAGCAUCUUCCCCAAGUCCCACUCUUCUGGGAAGACACUUGGCUUCAGGGGAGUACGAUGGAGGCUUCCUUUUCUCAUCAUCAGAGCUGCGUGGUCUGCUCUGCCAGGUUGUAGAAAGUACUGGGAUGAUAAGCCCACUUGCUAUGGCUGUUGUAUCUGAGAAGGAAACAAUUAGGUAGUUGAGGGCUUUAAGGGCUAGUUAGUCCUGGGUGACAGCCCCCCACCUCCACCUCCAGCCCCAUUCAGAAGGCAUGCUUGUCACUCUGCACUGCUCUGAUGCCACCUGUUUCGAGGUUGACAGGGUGUCCUGGCUUUGGUCAUCCAGACGCAACCCUCUGUGCUCACCGGAAGAGACUCUGCCCUCUUUUCGAGUUGCACGAUCCUGGCACUGUGCCAGCCUUCCUCUACAGCUGUUUACAGACAAGAUGGGCCAAGACUGAUGGCCACUGCUCUUGUAACCUUUACUCAAAAGAAUAAUGAGCAUUUAAAAAAAAAAAAGGGAUGAUGUGUUUUUGUUCCAGGUGUUCAUAAUUUAAUCUUUUAAUAUUAUGUUCAUUAACCUCUUAAAAUGAGUGAAUUCUUGAUUGUUUUAACACAGUACCUAAGACUAAUGCUUUCUGUGGACUCCUCACUCUGGAACCAGAGAACCCCUCCCUGGUUAACUGCUGUGAGCGUGGACGCUGAGCUGCUUGUAUAUUCUGAAGGAGCAGGAGGACAGUUCUGAGACAGGAGGACAGUGGCCUUGCUUCUAGACGGUCUUCACUGUGUGUUUUAAAAUGACAUAAAACUCUUUUGACGUGUAUAACUUAAAGAACAUAAGCAUCAGGCAAUAAUAUUUUCUGUGUAAGCUUUUAAAAUUAUUUUUGGGGAUCAUAGCUUGUUUUAUUUUGUGCUAUAAAAAUUAACAGUAUUAAAUGACUUAUAUUCUUAGAAUACAUUGAGUGUCUUUUCUUAACAGAUUAGUGCCUUUUUAUUUUUGUAUUCCAUUUUUCGUUACUGGUCCCAGCAUCAAAACCCUUGUUUCCAUGGCCUGUUUGUACAUUGUCUCAAUAAAACUUGCACCAGCCGGCAUGGCAGCA